AUGCCUUUUCCGCCAAGUGCUGCGCCGAUGAAAAUCCCGAAGAGAUUUCGCAUGCCCGAUAUCCCGAAGUAUAACGGGACAACGGACCCAAACGAACAUGUGACCGCAUACACGUGUGCUAUUAAAGGCAACGAUCUCGCCGACGAUGAAAGGGAAUCGGUGCUGCUUAAGAAAUUCGGGGAAACCCUGUCCAAGGGAGCAAUGAUAUGGUAUCACAACUUGCCCGAGCAUUCGAUUGAUUCAUUUGCCAUGCUCGCGGAUGCUUUUGUCAAAGCUCACGCCGGAGCCAUCAAGGUCGAAACCCGAAAAUCGGACUUGUUCAACGUUAAGCAGCGAGAUGACGAAACCCUCCACGAGUUUGUGGCCCGGUUUCAAAUGGAACGCAUGGACUUACCUCCGGUCACUGACGAUUGGGCCGUUCAGGCUUUCACUCAAGGGCUCAACUCAAGAAGCUCGAUCACAUCUAUGGAGCUAAAGCAAAAUCUGAUAGAGUACCCGGCAAUCGCUUGGGCUGAUGUACACAACAGGUAUCAAUCGAAGAUCAGGGUCGAAGAUGAUAAGAUUCUGAGAGCCGCCUCAGUAUCAUGGCAUUCCGGUAAAGGGAAUGAUCGAUCGAGGAGAACGACAGAUCGAGAUUCAAGACCAUCAUAUGACAGGUAUCAACCUUACCCACCUGAUCGAAGGGGGACGGGCGCAACAGCGAAUCGAGCAAGAACGAUAGGAGGAAUGAUCGAAGGAACGAUCGAGGCCCAAGUAAUCGUGGAUUGA